GACAGCAGUCAGCCAGAUAAGUUAGAUGUAGUUUACGCAGCGUUUUGGAGCACUUUUAUAUUGGUAUUAGUCUGAAGGCUGUUUAUGUAAACUGCUGAGGUAAUCCAGUUAACAGUCGUUUCAGUUUUCGCGGUGAGCUGAAUAACUCCGUUACGUUUAGCCGCUAUGUUGACACGACAGGGAGGAUUAGCAGUGAAGUUAGCAGUGUCGAUACAAUUAACAGACUAGCAGCUAGCUAACGAUAACACCAAGGCCAGGAACUGAAGGCCAUAACUGCUGUUAUCAGUCGUGUUUUUUUAUAUCCAGAAGAUUAUUGAUAUGGCGUUGUGGUAGUCUUGCUGCGAUAAUUGUUAGCAGCAUUUUGGUGUGGCUAGCUGAGCGGAGAGAGAUACAAAAACGUCGAGGCAAAACCUGGCUCAGCUUUCGCUUUUCAAAGUUGAUGUUUCCUGUUGAAAUGAAGUAACUGCGAGAUCACCCAGCUGCUAUGGUGUCUGCAAUACCAUUGCACCUGCCGAGUUGAUCGACCGACAGAGAGACACCGGUCCAGCAUGAAGGCCAUCUGGUCCAGACUGUCCUUCUGCGCGGGUUUCGCGGUGGGAACCCUCACUCUGUACGUGUUUCUGCGGCAGGUGUGGUUGGAGAAAACGUUUUCAACGCAAUCUGAUCAAUUCCUUGACAACCAGCAACAGUUAAAUGACGAAGAUAAGAAAGUAUGGAAGAAGGAGAGGUCUGCUCUUUUCAACCUGAAACACCCUCAUCAUAAAGGUGAGGACAGCAGCAUGGCAGAUGAGCUAUACAAAAAGGUGCGUAUUCUUUGCUGGGUGAUGACUGGACCCACGAACCUGGAAAAGAAGACUCGUCACGUGAAGUCCACGUGGAGUCGACACUGCAAUAUUUUGAUCUUCAUGAGCUCUGUAGAUGACCCGGACUUCCCCACAGUGGGCUUAAAUACAAAGGAGGGUCGGGACCAACUGUACUGGAAAACGAUCAAGGCCUUCCAUUAUGCCUAUGAGCAUCAUGCCCACGAGGCGGAUUGGUUCCUCAAGGCAGAUGAUGACACCUACGUAGUCGUAGACAACCUGCGGUGGAUUCUUGCGAACCACACGCCAGAAGAGCCAAUUUACUUUGGCCGAAGAUUCAAGCCCUACACAAAGCAGGGCUACAUGAGUGGAGGAGCGGGCUAUGUGUUGAGCAGAGAGGCUCUGCGGCGAUAUGUUGAAGGAUUUAAAAACAAAGUGUGCACUCACACUACCCCUGUAGAGGACCUGGCAAUGGGGCAGUGCAUGGAGAAAGUCGGGGUGCUGGCAGGGGACUCCAGAGACUCGUCACACAGGGAGACAUUUCACCCAUUUGUCCCAGAGCAGCACCUCACGGCCAAGUUUCCUAAGAGCUUCUGGUAUUGGAGCUACUGCUACUACCCCAUCACUGAGGGUCCAAACUGCUGCUCGGAUGUGUCUGUGUCAUUCCACUAUGUAAAUGCAUUACAUAUGUAUUUAAUGGAGUACUACACAUAUCACCUGCGUGCCUAUGGCUACAGAUACCGUUACCAGCCCCCUGUCCCGCUAGGAUACAGUUUUUCAGAGUCAAGUUUGCUGGGUGCUGCAGAAAGUAAAGAAGAACUCAUUUCCAGGGAGAAAGUAAUAGUGGAGGGGGGCGAUCCGUCCAAUACUGACAAGAAACAGGAUGCAGAUCCUCCUCCUGCCGCCGGGGAAGUCCCUCCUGCUGCUCCAGCAGCAAAAUAACAGUUUGAAUGCGUGCGUGAAAGGAACUGAUCUUUUCAGGUAGGCCGACGUGUGUUCUGAAUGUUUCUGGUUAAUACGAAGGUAGAAAAACAGUCCGAUUUGAAAUGUCCCCACAUACGAACGCGUUGCUGAUGGACUGCUCUAAUGUCAAUUGUGCACAAAAGACUGGUCUUAGGGAUACGAGGUAAUUUAUGUCUUUUUUUCUGGUUUUUAAAUAUUUUUUAACGUUUUCUUUUUAAAUUUGGAAUAGCUUUCUUUAAACUGCUUUUAUUUGGAAACUUACUAAAGCACUUUUUUAAACCACGUGAACCUGGAAUGGGAACCAAGUAUUUCACAAAACUAGUUCAUUCAAAUUGUUCCCAUUGUUUUACCCUUGACUAUUGCAACCCUGGAAGACAACCUGUUCUGCCACUCUGCAGCGAGACAGUCAUUGGUUUGGUGUCGUUUGACCUCAUUGCUAACUAUCUGCCUUCGAAGGCAAUGAGACCCAAUUCUAUGUCUUAAGCUAACAAGACGGCUAUUAUCAUACAUAUUCAAUUACAUUUCAAUCAAAGUGCCUCACCUUGUACAAUCAUUCAAACAAGCCUUUUGUCUUUAGGCUAAAGAGUUUCUUUGGAACAGAACAGUCACAAUUGGCUGCCUCCCAAACUUGUUUCACGCCGCAUUCAAGUGUUAUAGCAAAGGAACCAGAAAACACAUGACACCCGUCCCAAAACCCCACAAACUAUAGACAUAAAGUUAACUUCAACAGAAGAGCAGUUUAGUUCCUAUUUCUCAAUGGCUAAUUAACAUACAUGAUGUUACCAUGAUGUUUUAAAUGAAUGGUCCACAGGACGAAAUGUAAACAGGCCAGCCAAAGAUUUCUCAAAGAGGGAUGAUGUCAGACUGAAAGCAGGCUGGUCAGAAUGUAGGUGUCAUUUUGAGUAAUAAGGAAGUAAUGAAUCUGGGUGCUUCUUGUUUGUUUCUAACUGUAUGUUCAUUUUAUUUUAAACGUUCAUGAUGUGUGUCUGUUCCCGACCUUGUGUUAGUUUGACCUAAAUUCCAUCUGUGGUGAUUGGAUCUCCUUCACAGCACAAGGAAGCAGUUUGUCAAAUGUCUUUCUUUUAUGGAAUGAAACCCCAUGUUGCACGCUUAUCUACCUGUGCUCCAUGAAGCCGUCAGUGGAUACACACACACACACACACACACACGUACACUUACUUCACAGUUCCCUUCAUCUCCCCCAAAAGGACUCAUCAGCUUGUGCCUUGUAAAUGUGGGAUUGUAUGAGCUGUCAGCAGCACUGUGACUUUACCAUGAUGAGUGAUGCUUUCAGAUGGACGCUAGUUUUCCUGAAUCCUUCCAAUGUAAUGAGCAUGACCUUUGUGCAAGCCAGCGAUUACUGUUCAUGACGCCGCUUUUUGGAAGGGACAAUUUUAAUGUUUUGUUUUAAGUUUAUUUUCUACCAGGUUCUUUACUACUUUGUAACCAGACAAUUAAAUUGGGUGUGUGAUAAAGCAACUACCAAAUACAGAAACUGGCUUCAGGAAUCAGGCAGGAUGCAGCGAUCAUUCGAACAGAACACAUUGUCUAUUUAUGAGAAAAUUAAAUGCACUUUUGAGUGUUUAUAAUAGUGUUUUUAACCACUUAAACUUCUUUUAGUCCUUCACAGAUUAAGAUGUAUGAGGUAUUUAAUGCCUAUCAAAAUGCCUUUUGUAUGUGUUUACACACCUUCUGGACAUGAGCACACAGCAUGUUCAAUGGACCUGUCCAGUUUAAACCAAAUCAACAUGGUAUUCAAAAUGGCUCCCUUUAAAAAGAAUUUGAGAUUGGUGCCCAAACCUCCACCUCUGGUUGCUGAUGCUAGUGAUACAACACAUUCAGUCCUUGACAAUCUACUUCAACAUCUAAAUUGUAUCCAAGGGAAAGGUGUACAUUACUGUAAUUAUAUUUGAAAAGUAUUUAUGUUGCUAUUGGAGUCUUAAUUGAGUCGACACUGUUUAGUGUGUAAAUGAUUUUGUGAGUGUGUCAGCACAUGAGAUCAGUGUGCGGUAUCAAUGGCACUUUAAUCACUAUAAAUAAAUGCAUAUUUUAUUGUA